ACCUCACAAACAAACACUCAUCCAAAACCAAACAAUUAAAAUCUUCAUUUAACAAAUUCUUCUGAGAAAAUGUCUGGGCGUGGAAAGGGAGGAAAGGGACUGGGCAAAGGUGGAGCCAAGAGGCACCGGAAAGUGCUUAGAGACAACAUCCAGGGCAUCACCAAGCCUGCUAUUCGAAGACUCGCCAGAAGAGGCGGUGUCAAGAGGAUUUCAGGUCUCAUUUAUGAAGAGACUCGCGGAGUGCUCAAGAUCUUCUUGGAGAAUGUGAUUCGUGAUGCGGUGACUUACACGGAGCACGCUAGGAGGAAGACGGUGACUGCUAUGGAUGUGGUGUAUGCUCUCAAGAGGCAGGGCAGGACUCUUUACGGAUUCGGUGGAUAGAUUAGCUUCUGUUAGCUUACUUUUGUUGUCAAUUAAAGUUCUAUCUAUGUGAUUGUUAUGUAUUCGUGGUUUAGUGAAAUGAACAAUUGAAAUGGUAAAUUCAUGCUAAUUUACCCAAUA